AUGCCCCUGCUCAUCCUCCAGGCUUUGAGAAUGACUUCCUGGAGGAAUUGAAGUUCAUUAAAGUUAAGUUCCUUCCUCCCAAUACCACUCCAAUGCUCCAGCCCAUGGAUCAGCAGGUCAUUUCGAACUUUAAGAAGCUUUACACCAAAGCACUAUUUCAGUGGUGCUUUGAAGUGACCAAAGGAACAAACCUUACCUUCCAAGAGUUUUGGAAACAUCAUUUCCACAUUGUAAACUGCCUCAAGAUCAUUGAUAAAGCCUGGGAUGGAGUUACUAAGAGAACCCUCAAUUAUGCUUGGAGAAAAUUGUGGCCUGAUUGCAUUCUUGGACAUGACUUAGAGGGCCUUGCUCAUGAACAGGAGCCGCCUGUUGUUGAUGAAAUUAUGUCCUUGGGGAAGACCUUAGGACUGGAGGUGAAUGAGGAUGACAUUCAAGAGAUGGUGGAAGAACAUGGCCAGGAGCUGACCACUGAAGAACUGAUGGAUCUGCAUCGCAAGCAACAGCAGGAGGUUAUGGAGGAGACCUCAUCUGCAGAGGAGGAGGAGGAGGAGAGAAAAGUGGAAGAGUCCCUCCCUUCAAAUAAGAUUAGGAAGAUAUGUAAAAUGUGGGAAACAGUGAAAAGUUUUGUGGAAAAGCAUCACCCGAAUAAAGCUGUAGCAGUGCGAACAGUGAAUCUGUUUAACAACAAUGUGAUGUCACAUUUCUGCGAAAUCCUCAAAAGGAAGCAAAAGCAAGUAUCAUUGAAUAGGUUCCUUGUUAAAGUUGCACGAAAAGAAAAAAGAUUCUAUGGAGCCAAUAGAUAGCAAUGAUUCCCUUAGUGAUAGUGAAAGUCAUCCUGCACAAUAACCCUCCUCUCUCUUGUCUCCCUC